AUGAUUCUGCUGGCUGCAUUCCUGGGCCUGGCUGCUGUGCUGCAGCCAUCCACCGGACAGACUCCAGGUUUAGCUUCUUUGUCAACUGACAACGCAUAUCGACAAAAGGAGAUUGUUGACAAGCACAAUGCCUUAAGAAGAGGGGUGAUGCCAACCGCUAGCAACAUGCUGAGGAUGGAAUGGAGUCCGGCAGCUGCAAAGAAUGCCAAGAGUUGGGCAAAUCAAUGUACUUUAUCCCAUAGUCCCCCAAACAGAAGGACAACUACAGUGGGCUGUGGCGAAAAUCUCUACAUGUCAACUGCACCCAAUUCCUGGUCAGAUGCAAUUCAAGCCUGGUACAGUGAGGUGGGAAAUUUCAUAUAUGGCAUUGGGUCAACCACACCAGGUGCAGUGAUUGGCCAUUAUACUCAGGUGGUUUGGUACAAGUCUUACCAGAUUGGUUGUGCAAUUGCCUAUUGUCCUCAGAGAUUUUACAAAUACUAUUACGUUUGCCAUUACUGCCCUGCGGGGAAUUACAGAAACCUAAUGAGCACACCUUACAAAUCAGGGCCAGUGUGUGGAGAUUGCCCUAAUGCUUGUGACAACAGACUAUGCACCAAUCCUUGUAAGUAUGUGGACGUUCACCCAAACUGUCCUAGUUUAAAAGUGUUCCCUGGAUGUACAAACCCCACGAUCAAGGCAAGAUGUCCUGCCUCCUGCCAUUGCACCACUGAAAUAAAAUAA